AAUAUAAAGACAUAAACACCAAACCAUUCCACGUUGGCUCAUUCAGAACCGCAUGGCUUGAGAAAUUGAAACGAAUUGACUAUUCCUACGAGGAAAAAUACGAAGAGACUCAAGAUGCCGACUUUGCAAAGGAGAUGGGAAUCGCACCAGAAACGUUGGAUGAACUGAAAGCUAUCUGCAGCAUUGACAAUCUUCGCUGUCAACCUGAAGAGGAGCCCCUUGACACCAACGUUGUGCCACCUGACCCCACUCUGCAAACACUAAUACAGAGAAAGAAGAAGCAGGAUUACAAAGACACCCUGAGGAUCGAUAAGAUAAGCAGAGUUGACCACUACCAAGAUGAACUGGAGAGCCUAGCAGUGGGUAAAAGGCCUGAGGACCUUGUUGACUUGGUGCCAGAAGGGAGAUCAUUUUGA